UUGUUAUGCACCAAAACCAAAACCAAAACAUAGAUCAAAAGAAAAGUUAAAGGAAAGCGCCACAAAAUGAAAGGUUUAGAGGCGUGAAUCUAACGCUCUCAACUUUUUAUUUAUUUUAAAUUAAGAUUGCCAGAAUCAAAAUAAAGGGAAGGCCUAAUUUCUUUUUUAAAAUAAAAAGGCCACUAAAUCAGAAGAAGAUUGCGUGCUUUGUGGCCUCCUCCGUUGUUAUUCUCAUUCUCUUCUUACUUCUUAUUUUUGUUUGGUUGCUGUCUGCAUUCCAUUGUACCAGAAAAAGAGAAAGAGGAACCAACUAUAGCAGGCACACCAGCAUCUCUUUGCUGCAUUCUUAUGCGCUUCUCUAGAUUUUUCAUCAACUGAAAACGAGUCCGCAACCAUGCUAAAGGAUCACGGCUCUACUUCCCCCUCAGCUUCUGCUCGCAUUCGCCAUCGAAAACGCUCCAAUGAGGUUGUUCCAGAGACUGGUAAAGAGAAUGGAGGCCAGUUGUUGGUUGAUGAUCAAAACAAAUACAAGUCUAUGUGGAUACGCACAUACUCAACUGUUUGGAUGAUUGGGAGCUUUGCUUUCAUUGUCUACAUGGGCCAUCUCUAUAUCACGGCAAUGGUCGUUGUCAUCCAAAUAUAUAUGGCAAAAGAGCUAUUUAAUCUACUAAGGAAAACGCAUGAAGAUAGGCAUCUCCCAGGGUUUAGACUCUUAAAUUGGCACUUCUUUUUCACUGCAAUGCUAUUUGUCUAUGGCCGAAUUCUCAGUCAGCCGCUGGUCAAUACUGUUACUCUUGACAAAUUCUUGUACCAGCUUGUGAACAGUCUCAUCAAGUAUCAGAUGGCUAUUUGUUAUUUCUUGUAUAUUGCGGGUUUUAUGUGGUUCAUUCUUACACUAAAAAAGAAGAUGUACAAGUAUCAAUUUGGCCAGUAUGCAUGGACUCAUAUGAUUCUAAUCGUGGUGUUUACCCAGUCCUCUUUCACAGUUGCCAAUAUUUUUGAAGGAAUUUUCUGGUUUCUUCUACCAGCCUCACUAAUUGUUAUCAAUGACAUAUUUGCUUAUAUCAUUGGUUUUUUCUUUGGGAAAACCCCUUUGAUUAAAUUAUCACCGAAGAAAACUUGGGAGGGAUUCAUUGGCGCCUCUGUUACAACUAUGAUCUCCGCUUUUUUGCUUGCAAAUAUAAUGGGUCGUUUUCAGUGGCUUACAUGUCCAAGAAAGGAUUUAAUGAGCGGCUGGCUUCAAUGCGAUCCCGGGCCUUUAUUUAAGCCAGAGUACUUCAUCUUACCAGGAUGGGUUCCUCGAUGGUUUCCUUGGAAAGAGAUUUCCGUUCUACCUGUUCAGUGGCAUGCCUUAUGGCUCGGUUUGUUUGCAUCAAUAAUAGCACCUUUUGGAGGCUUUUUUGCUAGUGGUUUUAAAAGGGCUUUUAAGAUCAAGGAUUUUGGUGAUAGUAUCCCUGGACACGGUGGAAUCACAGAUAGAAUGGAUUGCCAGAUGGUAAUGGCUGUGUUUGCCUACAUAUAUCAUCAAUCGUUUGUGGUGCCUCAAAGUAAAUCAGUUGAAAUGAUGUUAGAUCAGAUAUUGGCAAACCUAACUUUUGAGGAGCAGUAUGCAUUGUACACGAAGCUUGGGGAAAUCAUUCACGAAAGGUUGGGGGGACAUUCUUGAUUUACAUUGAUGUUGAAGCCUAAGAGGAAGAUGUGUUUGUUUGUAUAUGUUGUUUCAAACAUCCAUAACCAUAGGAGCAGGCAUUCUUUUGUGACGCUCUGUGUACAGCAUUACCUGAUUAAUAUACAUCAGUUAUUGGUGGAA